AUGGGGAGUGUGCCGUCUAAGGAAGAGGACAUCGAGGUGUCCGAGCUAGCCACAGAUGAGGGCACAAUAACAGAGGAAAAUUAUCCACCAGCGGUACCACCAACAACAACCAAGCUCCAGGUUACCAAAGGUGUCAACUUCAAAAGCAUCGACAAGUUUGCGUGCAAUGUACCGCCGACACUUUUAUUUGGAUCUUUUUGGGAUUUGAUAGAACACUUAGUGAUGGCCAUUAACUUUGAUGUCCUGGACGACAUGUAUCGUGCCAGGGCCUUGUUCAGUUGGAUGACUUCUUACAACGUUAAUAAUAUUGACACAGAUAUCAUUCCUCCAGAAAACUCACCACUGGACUACUUUACUAAAAUUAGAUGGGAUUUUGGCGACCACGCCCAUUUAUUAUAUGCCUUAUGCCUAAUGGCUAAGCUACCAUGUGUUAUUAUCAACGGAGUAACCAAGCAUGGUGGAUACAACAUAGGAGAUACCAUCGACAAGAAACUACACGGCGCAAGAUGGAACGCUGUGUUGAUAAACGGCGAGUGGCGUCUUAUCGACGUGUACUGGGCGAUUUCUACUGUGGAUGAUGGAGGAAAGCAUGACAAGAUCUACGUCGAUAUUGAGGGAAACAUCAGUGUUCACUCCAAUGUCAGCAAAGAAGACGGAAAUGAGCAGCAAAAAAACGAAGCUUUCUUCCUGGCUGAUCCCGAGAGUCUGAUUUACACGCAUUUCCCCGAUGACCCACAGUGGCAGCUGCUAUCGCAGCCCAUCACUCUGAAGCAAUUCGAACGGCAAACAUAUAUUCGAGAACGAUUUUUUGAAAUGGGAUUAACUUUGCCUAAAAAGCUGCAAAAUAAACCCUGUAUACUGCUUUCCGAUGGGAAACCUCUGCGGAUACCACUUGAUCUUCCGGAAAAAAGGAGUAAGGAUUUCAGAUUCAAAUACACGCUUGUGCAAACAAGAGGCCUACAGUCUGAUGUCAAUAGAACAGGAACAGCACUAGAACGACACGUGAUGAUGCAACAUGCACUCGACAGAGUUCAAUUUACUCUUAAUUUUCCACGUGAAGGUAUGUUUCGGUUUGAUAUAUAUGGUACGGAUGUCACCAGAGAUGAACCGUAUAGUUUACUUGUUUCGUAUGCCAUUAAGUGUAAAGCAGCGACACCAAAUUGUCAGAUCCUGCCAGAUAUCCCUUUGUUGGGAUGGGGUCCCAACCCAGUAGCGUCAGCACUUGGGCUUACUCCAGCUACGCCUAUUGGAGCAAUUAUCAGCACUGACACAGGUGCAGUUGAUAUCAAGUUGAAAACGAAAGGAGUAGCAAAACUUACUCACACAAUGAAAAGUAUGCAUGUGGAUGAGGCGACACUUAGCCGAUAUACAGUGUCUGAGGUCGGCAAAGAUACCUGCACAAUCAGCGUCAGAAUUCCAAAAAGCGGCGAAUAUGGAAUUAACAUAUUUGCAACAACAAAGGAAAAAGCCAAGAAUAAAAACAAGAACAGAAAUAUUCUAAGUUUCCUGUUAAAAUGCGAAAUGCAGCAUGAAUCUCAAAUAUCACCUUUUCCGAACGUGUUAGGAAACCAAACGGGGAUCAAAUCAGGUGCUGCUGAACUCGGUAUAGUACAACAUGGAGAUACUCGGGAUAGAAAAGUGGCAGUCAACGGCAAAAUUACACUGCAAUUUGCCGUGGCAGAAAAUGUCAACCUACAUUUUGAGCUCCACAACAACAAUCCACACGGUAAAAACACAAUGACAGGAGAAGAAAAAAGAGAAGAUAACAUGUGUUACUAUGCUUUGGAGCUACCUAUUGCUGGGAUGUAUGCAGUGAAUGUUUUUGGGACACGAAAUGAGACAAACGCUACCGUGAUGGAGGUAUAUAGCUGCAUAAUUCAAUCAGAAGGAAAUGGUAGUGCCGGUGUCAUCAAGAGCACUGGAAAUAGUAAAUCACUUGAUAGCAGUCAGAACGCAUUUAAUAAGACAAUAUCCACAACAACGGGCUCGGUUAAGGUACCAAUGCCUGUCAUCUCUGGGGAGGUGUUUCCAUCUCUGAGACGAAAUGAUGCGACUGACGAAGGGAACACAUCCACAGCUACGGUCCUUGUUGCCAAUGACAAUACCCUGGAGAUCAGAAUGAAGACAUCAGGUGAUUACUUAUUGGAUCUUUUUUCAAAGGAAAGAAACGGGAAUAUAAAAACACUCGGUAGGUACACCAUCUCUUAUGACUCCGAAUUUGACCAUGAAGAAAAAUCAGAAGAUACUACCAAUGACGACGAACAAGUUCUUCCAUCUGGAGCGCUGCUGAAAAUGGGCGACACGGAUCAGUUGGAUGAUAUAACGGCCCCAGUGUCCGAGAAGAAACCGGAGAAAAAAUCAAAGGAAGCCCCACCAAAGGUCGAGUCCGUGAGGAAACCGGUUGUGAAAAAGGAUUUGGAUGACUUAGUGAAAUGUCUAGAUCGCCAAUACAAGACGAAGCCAAUCCCUGAUGACAUUGGCCUCGAUGCCUGGUUUGACGCCAAAGACAAGGACAAAGCUAUGGAAGAAAUAACGAAAGCUUGUAGCUUCCGGAAACCUGUGAUGCUAGAAGAGGCAAUAGAACGAGCUGUAGAGGUCCAGGCAGUCUGUGGGAAAACAAAAUUCUUGGACCCGCAGAUACGGAUGGCAGCUAGGGUCCUUAAGACAGUGACGAGGGUGGAGAAGAAUUUGGUAGAGUUCUAUGGCCUGCAUUUGAAAUCGAUGACAGAAAUAAAGCGUUACCAGUCACCUCCCCUCGGUGUACAUCACGUGGUCGCUGCCACAUUUCUCCUGCUAGGGGAAGAUAUUGAAGACCUGAAAAAAUGGUCCCUGUGUAGACGAAUGCUCUCCCAGAUGGGGAAUCAGUUUGUGUUCAGAAGGAUGGCCGACCUUGACCCCGCAUCAGUGCCAUCUUUAGUGAUUGAGACUGUCAUUCGCAUUCUGAAGCCUUUCACUGCCGUGAAAAUCAGAGAAGCGAGUAUGGAGGCGGCCACUCUCCAUGCAUGGAUAAUGAAAGUGGUGAGAGAAAAUAAGAACAAAGAAGAGCAGAGUCCUUCACGCCUUUCUCAUGUCCCACCCAGAUCUUCCGUUAUGCCAGAAUACAUAUCCGAGCAAACAGAAUACCUGCAAUAG